ACCGCUCAUACUUCCGGGAAUGUCAGUUAGAAGCUGUUGUUGGGUUAUAUCGUGACAUAUCAGGACAAGGGGGUGGCAAACGUGGGUGAAGCUCCGUUAUUUGGGUGCCCCGUCUGCUUCCACCCCCUCCUGAGCGGCAAAGGUUAGCACCUACAUGCGGGCGAACUGACAGUGGAUGGAUGGAAAGGUGGAUGCAGCUGUGGCCAGUGAUUGGCUGAGGGGCUCUGUGACGUCACAUCUACAGCUCUGGUGAAGCAGGCUGUCGGCGGGGGCUGUUCGUAGACGUGGCAUCGUGAUCCUGGAGCUACGAGGUAGCGGAAGAAGAUACGGCUGGAAGAAGAGAAGAGCCCAGUGCACUCGGGCAGGACGUGUGCUUCUUCCCUGAAUUAUGCGGUUAGCAGGUCCAGUGCGUAUUAUCGUGGUACUCCUCACUGUAGGCCUGACAUGGAUAUUAGCUGGAAUUAUCCUGGGAACACAGAAUGGCUUCCCCCGACUACAGCAGUUUAUGGGUGGUUCCGAGGUGGUCAGUACAGCUGCAAGGAUGUCUCUUCAGACAACUAAACCACCAGUGAGAAACCGAAGUAUAUCAGACCCUCGGCCCAGAAAAUAUAAAUGUGGCUUACCGCAGCCUUGUCCUGAAAAGCACUUUGCCUUCCGGGUGGUAAGCGGAGCAGCGAAUGUCAUCGGUCCGAAAAUCUGCUUUGAGGAUAAAAUGUUGAUGAGCAGCGUCCAGAACAAUGUUGGUCGGGGACUAAACAUUGCACUAGUUAAUGGGGUGAAUGGAGAACUCAUAGAGGCCAAGACUUUUGACAUGUGGGAUGGUGACGUAUCGGAGCUUCUGAAUUUCCUGCGCCCCUUACAUGAAGGAACCUUAGUGCUGUUGGCUUCUUAUGAUGAUCCAGCCACAAAAAUGAAUGAGGAUGCCAGGAAGAUGUUCAGUGGACUGGGCAGCUCCUCCAUAAAGGAGGUGGCAUUCAGAGAUAGCUGGGUCUUUGUGGGAGCCAAAGGUGUUCAGGAUAAAUCUCCGUUUGAGCAGCAUAUAAAGAACAGUAAAAGCAACAAUAAGUAUGAAGGUUGGCCCGAGGCUGUGGAGCUGGAGGGUUGUGUGCCCCAACGUACUCUCGAUCUUGAGUGAAUUAAUGGGCCAAGAAAACCAACCCCAGCAGGAUCUUGAGCGCACUGGAUGGAUUGUGCAAUUUUGCGGACUUCUCCAUUUUUAAUUUUAUUAUUUUCUAACCCGUUGACCAAUCCCAGCUGACAGAACCUGCACCUUGCCUGGAUAUUAUCGACAAUCUAAACGCACUUUGGAUGAACGUGGCUUCGAGAGGCACGGUCUGUUAGCAGGUUGGAAACGCGGCAUGAAGAAACCAAAUUUAUGACUACCAAAAUUUCCUACCAACCACUGGCUGAUGAAGUAGCGACGCUGGAAAGGCGCGAUCUCCAAAAAAUAUAUUCGUACAUCUCCAUGCAUGACUCUUCCUUACCAUGGGUCACCACUGCAUGAGCAGCAGAAAAUGAACAUAAGGGCUACCGCGCUGCGAGCACAACCAUUUUGUUUUUAGAUGUGCAUGGACUGAUCUCAAGAACUUGUCUCAGGAGACAUUAAAGCCAUUUUAUGGUAAAUUUGGGGAGCUGAAAUUAUCCUGAAUUUCAAGACCUUCAUGUUGGUUUGAGAUGACAUCAAUGUCUUGGCAUCGUCUGAUUCACAUGUUCUGGUCUAGUCUGGGCCACAUGUCUUGGUGUAGUCUAAACCUGUCUGGGCAACCAGUUUGGGCAACCUCUCUUGAUAAAGUCUGGGCCAUCUGUCUGAAUAUAGUGUGGGGCAUAGUCUGGGCCACCUGUCAGGGUAUAGUCUGGGCCACCUGUCAGGGUAUAGUCUGGGCCACCUGUCUGGGCCACCUGUCUGGUC